ACAGAGCCUCCUCAGUGCAGGGAAGGUGGAGACGGCAGAAGGAGGAGAGCAGAAGAGAUGGAGAGACAGACUCAAUACCCGCUCUAGUUUCACUCUGAGGAUUAAAGAAGCUCCUUCCUUUCACCAGCUGCUCUGUGCCGGUCGACCGUAGAGGAGGAAGAGGGAUGUAGCGGGGGGUGGGCCCGCCUGAGCCAGGAGUCUCUGGGGCUUGGAUCUGCAAUGGGCCCCGAAGACUGGGCUCCGUCGAUCAGCUGGGUAACUGCGAGCUGGGAAUGAUGACACGCCCUGUCUUUACCGCUGAUUGAGCAUGCUGCUUGGUUAGCAACGCUCUUCCCCUGCUUCCCCUCUGGACACAGACGCAGCCAUGCUGAUCAAGGAGUACCGAAUUCCCAUGCCGAUGAGCGUGGAGGAGUACCGCAUUGCUCAGCUCUACAUGAUCCAGAAAAAGAGCAGAGAGGAGAGCUGCGGCGAGGGCAGCGGCGUGGAGAUUCUAGAGAACAAGCCGUACGAAGAUGGCCCCGGUGGUUCGGGUCAGUACACUCACAAAGUCUAUCACAUCGGCAAGCACAUCCCAUCCUGGUUCUGCGCCAUCCUGCCUCAAGCUGCCCUUCGAGUGGAGGAGGAGUCCUGGAAUGCUUACCCCUACACACGAACCCGGUAUACCUGUCCAUUUGUAGAGAAAUUCGUUAUAGACAUUGAGACGUAUUACAAAUCAGACACUGGAAAUCAGCUGGACGUCUUCAAUCUGUCCUCUGCCGAAAAGAGACAGAGGACCGUCGAUCCCAUUGACAUAGUCAAGGACUACAUCGCUCCUCAUGAAUACCUGGUGGAAGAAGACCCUAAAAUGUACCAGUCAGUCAAAACAAAGCGGGGUCCGCUGACAGAGGACUGGAUUGAAGAGAUCAACCAGGACCCCGGCCAGUGUGUUGUCAUGUGUGCUUACAAACUCUGCAAAGUGGAGUUCAGAUACUGGGGCAUGCAAUCCAAGAUUGAACGCUUCAUACACGAUGUGGGUCUUCGUAAGGUGAUGGUUCGAGCUCACCGGCAGGCUUGGUGCUGGCAGGAUGAGUGGUAUGGUUUGACCAUUGAGGACAUCCGGCUGCUGGAGCUGGAAACCCAGCUAGCUUUAGCCAAGAAGAUGGCCCAGUACAGCCAAAAUGAGGAAGGGGGCGAGACCAACAGCUCCUCUGUUAGCCAGGACCAGGACCAGGGAGGAGAGACCACAGGUUCGGCCACAGAAGCUGAUGGGGGCAAGCUUGGAGAUUCUCUGGAGACACGGGGUGAGCUCACCAAGCAGUGGUCGACCUCAUCCAGAUCGUCCAACAGGUCAUCGAAGAGGGGAACGAGUCCUUCUCACCAGAGCAUCUCAGAGUGGAGGAUGCAGAGCAUCGCCCGAGACUCAGACGACAGCACGGAUGACGAGUUCUUUGAUGCUCACGAGGAAUUUUCUGAUAAUGAGGAGAUGUUCUCCAAGGAAAUCAGCAAGUGGAGCUCCAAUGAUUUGAUGGAUAAAAUAGAAACCAGCGAAGUGGAUGAAGCACAAGAAACCUACCAAGAGUCGAGCAGGGAGUAUAAUGUUAUGAGCAACGAUGAAUCACAGAUGGAGGACUGUUUACCCCAGCAGUGUCCACAGUCGUCCAAGAUCCACGUCCUCAUUCUGGUCCUGCAUGGUGGGAACAUACUGGACACAGGCUCUGGUGAUCAGAACAGCAAGCAGGGAGACGUGAACACGCUUAGUGGGGCUUUUGAGACCGUGAUGAGGGUCCAUUAUCCUGCUGCUCUGGGCCACGUUGCCAUCCGCAUGGUUCCCUGUCCAGCUGUGUGUGUCGAUGCUUUCUCACUCGUCUCAAAUCUGAGUCCUUACAGCUACGAUGAAGGCUGUUUGUCCAGCAGUCAGGACCACAUCCCACUGGCUGCCCUGCCUCUUCUGGCUACCUCUGCGCCGCAGUACCAAGACGCCGUGGCAACCGUCAUCCUACGAGCCAAUCAGGUGUACAGUGACUUCAUCAAGUCUGCAGAAGGAACAUUGUUUAACGGCCAGGUGUGUGUCAUUGGGGACUGUGUUGGAGGUAUCCUGGGCUUUGAUGCUCUGUGCAGCAGCUCUGUGAUGGUGUCAGAAAGCCAAAACAGCAGCAGGCGGGGCAGCGCCAUUAGUGUGCAGGACACGGAGCUUUUGUCUCCUGGUAUCAUCAUAAACAGCAUUUCUCCCUCUUCACCAUCCCUGGAAGGAAGCCGCCACCUCAGUCGUAGCAACAUCGACAUCCCUCGCUCCUCUGGGCCUGACGACCCCAAGAAACAACUUCCACGCAAGCGCAGCGACUCCUCCACGUACGAGCUGGACACCAUCAAGCACCACCAGGCCUUCCUAUCGAGUCUGCACUCCAGCGUCCUCCACGGGGAGCCUGGAUCCAGGCGCUCCAGCAGUAGCACUAUGUUGGAAGGGGGAUCUUUGGGAAAGUUUGACUUUGAGGUGAUGGACUUCUUCCUGUUUGGUUCUCCUCUGGGUCUGGUGCUGGCACUGAGGAAGACGGUGGUCCCUUCUUUAGAUGUGUCGGCAUUGCGUCCAGCCUGUCGGCAAGUUUACAACCUGUUUCACCCAGCCGACCCCUCAGCCUCCCGCCUCGAGCCUCUCCUUGAAAAGAGGUUUCACCUGCUUCCCCCCUUCACUAUACCUCGCUACCAGCGCUUCCCUCUCGGGGACGGACACUCAGCUCUGCUGGUUGAUGCUGUGCAGAGUAACCCUCAGCUUCUGAUGGAAUCCAGCAGCUCUACGUCCCAUCGUGGCCUGGAAAGCGUCAUCAGCGAGACCACGAUUGCUGUUCCUGUCCUCAGCUCUCAGACCACACAGCUCCAUGUUGAGACCGAUUCACUUCAGUCACAUAUUAUUGUCGACGGCCAGUGCCCAGCGUCCACAUCCCCAGGUGUUCCCCAUCUUCGCUGCAGCCGCAGAGCCAGUGAGGCCAGCAUAGCCAGCCAAGCGUCGGGCUUAGCCGAUUCCUACACGGCUACUAACAUUGCCACGAUUGCAUCUCGCUGGUGGGGUAGUAAGAGGGUGGACUUUGCCCUGUACUGUCCUGAUGCUCUGACGGCGUUUCCCACAGUGGCCCUGCCUCACCUCUUCCAUGCCUCUUACUGGGAGUCCACAGAUGUUGUUUCGUUCCUACUCAGACAGGUAAUGAGGCAUGAGAACUCCAGCAUUUUAGAGCUGGAUGGGAAGGAAGUGUCUGAAUUCACUCCAUCCAAACCUCGGGAGAAGUGGCUUCGCAAGAGGACUCACGUUAAAAUUCGAAAUGUAACAGCUAACCACCGAGUGAAUGAUGCCGUGUUCACGGAGGAUGGAUUGCAGACAGUAACGGGACGAUUCAUGUACGGCCCUCUGGACAUGGUCACUCUCACUGGAGAGAAGAUCGAUGUCCACAUCAUGACCCAGCCGCCCUCUGGAGAGUGGGUGUACUUCGACACAGAGCUGACAAACAGCAGUGGACGUGUCUCUUAUGUGAUCCCAGAUGGCAGAAGGCUGGGUAUUGGGGUGUUUCCUGUCAAAAUGGUGGUCAGAGGGGACCACACAUUUGCUGACAGUUAUCUCACUAUUGUACCAAAAGGGACAGAGUUUGUUGUUUUUAGUAUCGAUGGCUCAUUCGCUGCCAGUGUGUCUAUAAUGGGAAGUGACCCCAAAGUUCGAGCUGGAGCUGUGGAUGUGGUGAGGUACUGGCAGGACCUGGGCUACCUGAUCGUGUACGUCACGGGUCGUCCUGACAUGCAGAAGCAGCGUGUGGUGGCCUGGCUCUCUCAGCAUAACUUUCCUCAUGGGAUUGUCUCUUUCUGUGAUGGUCUGGUUCAUGACCCACUCCGACACAAGGCCAACUUCCUCAGAUCCCUCAUCAGCGAGGCCCACAUGAGGAUCUUCGCAGCCUACGGCUCUACCAAAGACAUCUCUGUGUACACGUCUAUCGGUCUGCCUCCCUCUCAGAUCUACAUCGUGGGAAGACCCUCGAAAAAGAUGCAGCACCAGUGUCAGUUCAUCCCAGAUGGCUACGCAUCCCACUUGUCCCAGCUCCAGUACAACCAAAGGUCUCGGCCCGCCAAGUCCACCAGCACCCGCAUGGUCCUCCGAAAGGGCAGCUUUGCUCUAGGUGUGGCCGGAGGAGACUUCCUCCGCAAACGCAACCACAUCUUUCGCACCAUUUCCUCUCAGCAGCCCGGCGGGUCGGGGUCCAGCUCUCCUGGCCAACAUGUCCGGACUGAGCGCACGCUGAGUCAGUGCGAGGGGGAACGGGAGAGGUCUAUUGCAGCAGUGACCCAGAGGAGUAUGAGCAUAGCAGCUGGGUGCUGGGGGCGCACUGGGAGCACCAAGGAGGGCAGUGUGGGGUUACUGGGCCCCAAGUAAAGUUCACAAAAAGACCAAAUAACCUGGGCUGAGCUACCAUGGUCUCUGGAUGAAAACAAAGGUUUGAGGAGUUGGACCUGGAUGGAGGUUUGUAGGUCUGGGAUAACAACCUCACAAGAAAGAAGUGACCUGAUAGGCCAACUGGACCCAGAGAACUAAACAGUUCUGUAGCAUGAGUCUUUUACAUUACAACUUUUAUAAGAUACACCACUUAAUUAGUCUUCAAAUGACAAAGAAAAAUAAAUAAAUUUACAUUAUAAGCCUUAAAUUAAUCUCGUUCAGCGAGAGCCCUUCCUAUUCAAAUCAAUGCGCCAUUCAAACAUUCACCUUCAUGAGCUCAGGACAAACUGCAGACGUAGAUGUAUCCUCAGUCACCCAAAAGUCUGAGGCCAAGCUCGUCUGGCUUUCACCUCGACUCUCGUUCCAGUUUCAGGCUCAACACACAGAAUGACUGGCAAUAGGUCAACAACACUGUCCUCAAUCCAAAAGAACCAUUGGUAAAAUCUAAAAAUACAAAAGCAGUUCAUCCAAAUGAAACCAGUCAUCUACUUGGUUUUGGUUUGAUGUUUGAAGAAGGAGACUGGUGUUCUUUACCGUGGAGGCUUUGAACAGAAGGAUGAACCAACCCCUGAGCUGGAUCUGGCCCAAUUUCUGAGUCUGAAUGAUCAAGUCUCAUAUCUGUCAGGAUUAUUUAAGUAGAUCACUAACAGACGGAGCUUGUGUAUCAUCGUAUUGUUGCUAAACUGAUACCUCAGACGUUGUAAUCUUUAGCUUUAGAGUUCAAACCCACUGAGGGCUGAAUUACAUUCUGUUAGGGGCAGCAGAAGCUCAGGAGGUAGAGCGGGUUGUCCAGCAGUCGAAGGGUUGAAGGCUCGAUCCCAGCUCCCAGCAGAGAAUUCUGCUGUUGUGUCUUUGGGCAAGACAUUAACCCACCUAGCCUGCUGGUGGUGGUCAGAGGCGCCGGUGGCGCCGGCGCUCGGCAGCCUUGCUUCCUUCAGUGUGCCCCAGGGCAGCUGUGCCUACAUUGUAGCUCAUCACCAUCAGUAUGUGAAUAUGUGUGAAUGACUGUUUGUGUUAAGAGUCUUGGGGGCUGGUAGAACCCCGAAAGGCGUUAUAUAAAAUACAGGCCACUUACCACUCUUCUCUGCGAACUCACCAAUCACUUUCGGCCCAUUCCUCAUGCAGAUAUGUGGGACAAACUCAGAAGCUCAGAAACAAACGUGUGACUCGUAAAUCCACGACAUGUACAAGACUCGCAAAGUUGUGUUCACUGACGAGUGUUUGUACAAUCAUGAUUGUGAUUGUUCUUUAGACUUUUGGAAAAUAUUCAACAAGUGUACCUCUCCUGUACUAUAUUUUCCCACUGAAGCGUGUAGAUAUUAGUAAAAAUUCAAAGGCUCAGUAGAAUGAACUCCUCCACCAUGAAACCCAAACUUUCUGCUUUUCUCAUCACCAAAACAAAUGAGUAAAACAGUCAUUUGGAUGAACUGUUUCUUUAGUCAGUAUUAUGCUGGAUCGUAUCAGGAACAUAUUGUUAGUCAUAGCCACAAAAUGUUGGUGUUUGAGGAAUUUUCUGCAAAUGGACUGGGGUUUUCCCUGUAGUGUGGCCUCUUGGCCACUCACAGCCUUAAUAUUCCACUAAAUGCUCCACAGAGGGAAGAGAUGGCAGUAAAACGAGGGCAUGCAGCAUUGAAGCAACAACUAAAACUGUACAGUCCACAGCAAUGAUCCCUUUAUAUACCCAUCUGCUUUUGCAAUAGCUCUGGCCCACCUGCUGGUAGCAUUCUCUCCCACAUUUGCUGCUGCAUCUGGGGUGGCGUUUCCCAGCUACCGUUCCAGGACACCAAACAGGACGGACCUGGUGUCACUGGAUGAGGACCAUGGGAUACAUAGCAGGAACUUUACUAUCCCAAGACUUGUUUCAACGUUUGUACCAAAACGACCGAAGAAUGAGCUGAGAUGAUUCCGAGUGAAUGUUGCAGACUGAACUGAUCGUGUGCCAGAGCUGAAUGUCAGAUUGUACCUCUCUUUCUCCUCAGAGUCAUCCUUAGUUUUGCUGCUUUGAACUGAAUAUUUUCAUGCUAAAUAGUAAAAUGAACAAGAAUAAGACACCUCGCCUUUGACAAUGAAACACAGUUUAAUGAGUUUUUAAGGUUUUAGGACGACAGUCAGGUGCUUGUUACACCACUGAAACGGGUGUUAUCUAUAACCAGUAAGAUGAGCUCCUCUUCCUGACCCCCUUUCAGUGUGCUUCCAGUAUAAAUUCACAGAAAAUAGAAAAAAAAUGAAUUGAAGUAAAGAUGCAUCCAGUAGUGCAGGAUGCAUGGGUGCCUUUGGGGCUUCAUCCCCCUCUAGCGGUGGCUGAAGGACAUAUUAUCUUACACUCAGACAUCUGCUGUGAUGGACUGGCAAUCUGUCCUGGGUGUACCCCGCCUGCUAACCCAAUGAUAGCUGGAGAUAGGCACCAGCCCCCGCGACCCUGCGUGGAAAAGCGGGUUAUGAAAAUGGAUGGAUGGACUCUGACACCCCCUCCAAGGACUCCAAAAAGGAAGAGUACAGGGGCGGAGCUUCAGGGGGCUGGGGGGGCAGAGGCCCCCCGGCCCAGCUGUGAUUUGUUCCACUAGUACAGAGAGCCGCCGUCCUGCUUGUUUUCCAACUAUCUUUGUUGUUCCUGGUGUUGAUUACCUGGAUCAGGUGUGUUAGAAGCUGCAAGUUCAUGCAUGGCUGGAAAACAUGGUGCAAAACCACAACAACGCCCACCAGUUGGGGUUAAAUAACUUGUAACCAGCUGAAGGAUAACCGCCCAUGCAUUAAUUAAUCCAUAGGAGGCUCGUACCUGUUUGUGUUGUUAAAUCCAGGUGGUGACUUUUCUUCAUUCUGUCCAGGCCAUGCAAUGUUUAGUUUGUUACUGUAGCUGUUCAGGAAAGUUGCUGUUACUAUGGCAAUGAGUGACAUGUACAGGGCCGAUGUCCACUCAAUCUUUCUGGAAGUGUGUGUGUGUGUGUGUGUGUGUGUGUGUGUGUGUGUGUGUGUGUGUGUGUGUGUGUGUGUGUGUGUUCACACCCCCACACAACAGUCCCAGUUUUAAACGAGCACCUGACUGUUUCAGCCUAAAAAGUCAAGAACUCUUCCUCUAACUGUGAGUUUCUGAAGGACGGAUGUGUGAAGAGGAUGCAGCUUCUACACGCCUGCAGCAUUUAUCUGUUUACACUCGGUGAUCAGCGAUGUUUUCAACUCACCAAAACAGCCAAACUCAUCCUCUGAUACUGUAGUAAAGCAACUAUGUAACCUCUUUGUAAUUAUUUUGCACUAGUUUGCAGGGAAACCUAUAUCAGCUACUAUUUAAGUCCCUACACAUUUAAAACCUCUUUAUGUGCUGAUGUGUCCAUCUGUGUGUACUUUGUUCAGAUAUGAUGUGUCAGUAUCAUGAAUGUGCCAAACAGCAGGGAGAGGAUUAAAGUAUUUAGAACAGGGCUUUUCAAAACUUGAGACCAUCCCACUAUUAUUGUCUGCUUCGCAACUACAAUUCCCAAAAUGCUUUGUAAGUUUUAAGUCCGUUGGCUCUCCUCGUUCGUCGUCACACUCAGUUUGGUGAGUUCGUUGUGUAAAGUGUCAUUGAAAGCAUUAUUCUAGCAUAUUUAGACGUCCAGAAACAAGCGGAUAAAACGGUUCUAGCUGAACAAUAUUGGGCUGAUAUUUUUCAAGAAAAUACAUUUAAAGCUAAUCUAGAACUUACAUUGUGUUUUGGUAGCAUAAAAAGUAUUUUAAAUAAUUAAUUAUGGCAGCAUAAACUUAUACAGACUUCUUUAGUGUGUUAUGUUGAUAUUGAAAUGAAUGUUAUACGGGAGUCCCAUGAACAGUGUUCAGGAAUUAAAUCCUUAUCUGUUGUUAAUGAAAAGUGACAUUUCAGACAUUUUGAUCUGGAAAAAGCAAAGAAAGCACAGAUUUAUUAAUGAGGACUCCCUCUUCUAUGUACUCUGAUAGUUAGAGAUGUUCAGUAUUAUUUUUUUUACCAACAUCUGAUGCAGAUAUAGUCAAACUCUUAACAGUACCAGCAUGACAGAUAACUGAUGGGGUGAAAAAGGUCAAAGAGUAAAAACAGAUUCUGAUCAUUUAUAUUGCAUUUUAAUGCCAAUAUUAGCAGAUGAUAUUGGACAUCCCAAAAGAUAAUCAAAGACUUAAACUUCCGCCCGGUUCAGCUCCUGACCCAUGUUCACACAGCCAAGAGAUCCUUGCUCUUUGAAAAUCCCCGGUUUAAACCGCUGUAGAGAUGCUGGUCUACAUAAAUCUUCUAAGGGUGUGGAACACAAAAAAGCAUUUAAAAUGAUUAUUUCUGAAUAUAACCAAUCACUCUGACUUUAACAUGCAGGAUGAACAUGAAAAUAGUCUCCUACACCUAUCUCCUGCAUUAGCUUCUGAUAGAAAAUAGACAGUGAAACUCUAGGAUUAGAAAAUCCUGACAUAUCCACGUCACACUGUCACUUGACAUUCAUGGACUCACCCAUCUUGACUCACGACAGGGACGGCUGUGGUUGGUUUAGCGUCCAGAAAACAGCAAAGAACGUCUUGGCUAGUAGAAGCUAACUGUUAGCAUUAGCAACUCCAUCACACAACAGAACUCCUCCAUGCUUGUGUUAUUUGUGGAGAUAAAACAUCAACUUUGCAGAGCAAACAGUAAGUAGUAGAGGCAUGUUUCUGUUGGCAAAUCAGAGGCGAGAUGUCCAGAUAUCAGGAAAUUAGACUCCAAAUCCUGCCGUCAGGAGCUCAGCUCUGAUGUGGCUCCCUUCUAGUUCCUGAAACUGGUGUUUUUCCACCCAGAUUGUAACUUACAAGCCAUUCAUUCCUUCUGUAAACUACAGCAGAUGUAAUAAUUAAACAAGUGUAUUUCAACUUUACAUUUUUUUUGUCUAGAUAUUAGAGAAAGAAGCUGGGAGUUACAGAUACAUUUGAUGUUUAUGUGAACUUUUGCUGUUCCAAGGUGAAAGUUUUUCUGUUUUACUGCAUUUGAUGGGAUUCGAUUUUUUCCUAAAUGAUCAACCAAGAAAUUUUCUCACACAAAAAAUACAGAACCUGAAUCAAGUGACCAAAAAUCACCUCUCAGAAUCAUCAGUGCAAAUUCCAAAAACAAACAAACAAAAAAUCACUCUAAAAAGCAAAUUAAUUCUAUUUAUAUUUCUAAAGAGAAAUAUUUAUUUUUACUUCUUAACCAUUCAUAUUUAAUUUUUUGACUCACUUUUGGUUAUCUUUUAAAUCUGCAUUACUCAGACAGACUAUAUACUUUUAUUCUGAAAGGCUUGUUUUGGUUUUGCAGACAGUUAUCUGCUUUUGCUGCAACUCGACUUAGCUUUAGCUCUAGGUUUUUGCAUUUGAAAUGUUCUUUUUGUUGCUUUUUUCUGCUAUAUUUUGUACCAGACAGUGUUUUUGUUUAUGCUUUUAUCCCAUACAGUGUUCCCUCUUCAGUUGUCCCUCUGCUGAGUUGAAUGUCCAUCCACCCGUCUGAUGUCCGAGACUGAUCAGGAGCCGAGGAUGUGUGUCUGUGUGUAUAAAUACUGUAAAGAUGUAUGUAAAAGCAAACGAAGAGUUAUUUAUUUACUUAAAUAUCAUGUUAUUCUGGAAAUUUCAGGUGAAAUAUAUUUGGAAUAUGUAGCGUUAUAUUAAUCAUUUGUGCUGUCAUGAAGGCGACGGACCAACACAGGAAGAAUUUUGAUUUACCGGUACAAUUUUCCAGUUCCAAGGGAAAUAAUCUACCACAGCGAUCUCCAGGCAGUCUCGACCUGUUGAGUCAUCAUCUGCUGAUAUGUUUCACACUUGUGAAAUCUGUUUGUAUUCAAGCCACCGUUGACCGCUGCUUUGACUCUACAACAGCCAGCUGCUGAGCAUUUUAUAGGUCUGACUGUAUCAGUUUUCCAAGCUGGAGUAUUUUACAAAAUCUUUGAGAUACAACUGGAGGCUGUUUUUAUCAGUCAGGAGUUAAUGCAUGUAAAAAUGAAAUCCCAUAACAAAGAACUGUAACGAUCUGUUGCAUGUCGUCUAUCAAAGUAAAACUUCUUAACAUUCACUUGAAAAAUAAUAAAGCAGUUAUGUCCAACA